AUGUCCAAAGUAUGCAAUCUUUUACCAUCUCUUGACCUGACCGGGCUAACCCUUCAGUUUUCUCUCCAAGGUCGAACUGCACUAGUGACGGGAGGCGCUCGGGGAUGCGGUUUAGCAUUUGCUCAUGGUCUGGCGGAAGCAGGGGCAGACAUAGCUAUCUUUGAUGUAGUUGAUCCGGAGCCAGAUUUCUAUACGAUCGAGAAAAAUCUGGGAGUUCGAACGGCUUUUUAUAAAGUGAACGUUUCGUCGGAGGAGUCUCUACAAAGCGGAUUCUCUCAGUUCCAAAAGGAUUUCGACAAUGCGCUCGAUAUUUGUGUCCCAUGUGCUGGGAUAAACCGACACCUCCCCUUCCUCGAGUUUACCUACAAAGACCACAGCGAUCUGCUUGCGGUCAAUGUACUCGGUCUUUAUUUCACUGCCCAACUAGCAGCAAAGCAAAUGAUCGGGAAUGGUACAAAGCACGGAAGUAUUGUUUUGGUUUCCAGUAUGGCCAGUCAUAUCGCAGUGCGAAGCCAGCUAUGUAGCGCAUACUGUGGCUCAAAAGGCGCGGUUCGAUCGAUGUGCCCUGCAAUCGCGAAGGAGAUGGCCGAAUAUGGGAUUCGAGUCAAUUCUAUCUCACCUGGAUAUGUCCGAACGGAGAUGACCGCAGCAUUCCCCCAUCUUCUUGAAAGCUGGAAGUCGGAAGCCAUGAACGGACGAAUUGCCGAGCCGGAGGAUAUAAUGGGGGCCUGCGUCUUUCUGGCUAGUGAUGCCAGCUCGUACAUGACGGGGCAGGAUGUGAUCGUGGAUGGGGGGAGUAACCAGAUGGUAGUUAUGCAAACAAUGGCCCCCAGUGCAAACAAUGAAGGAUACAGUGUCGGUAGCCAUGACGCUACCACUACAGUUGUUGUGGUAGGGGCAGGUCCGUCAGGAUUGAUGCUUGCGUGUAAUCUGGCUCGCUACGGAAUUGAUGUUGUGAUCCUUGACGAUCGCCCCGACAAGACGUCAACUGGCAAGGCAGAUGGCAUGCAACCAAAGACCAUUGAGACGUUCAAGCAGAUGAGACUUGCGGAGCCUCUUCUCAAGAAUGCAGCUCGGGUGCAUGACAUUUCUUUCUGGCAAUCGACAGCAGAAAAGGAACUCCAUCGAACCGGUCGUCAAACUCACUACCCCGAUCACCUCGUUGGCGCUUCCGAUCCUUACAUCCUCCUCGCACACCAGGGAAUGGUUGAAGAAGUGCUGAUUGACGAUAUGGAAUCGAGGGGUCUCUUUGUGACUCGGAAUAGCCGGUUUACAACCUGCUCUCGCGUACCAGGGACAAUGCAAUUGGAUGUUUCAUAUGAAGAUGUAUCAACAAACACAAUCAAAACAAUCCGAACGGAUUAUUUGGUUGGAUGUGAUGGCGCAAGGUCGAAGGUUAGAGACUUCAUCCCGGAUGCAGAGCUCGAGGGGGAAAUCACAAACGCGUCCUGGGGUGUUUUGGAUGGGGUUAUUGAUACCGACUUUCCUGAUCUCUGGAGCAAGGUCGCCGUGCGAUCGCAUGCUGCUGGAUCAAUUCUUUGGAUUCCACGUGAGCGCAAUAUGACUCGACUGUAUGUCGAAUUAAGCGCGACGGAUGGCGAACGUGUGGAUCGAGCCAAAGCAACACCCGAAUAUGUUAUCAAUAAAGCGCGGGAGGCCAUGCAUCCAUUCCGUCUCGAGUGGAAGACUAGAGAAUGGUUUGGGAAUUACGUGGUUGGCCAGCGCGUGGCAAAACAUUUUAUGGAUUCGGAUGCGAGAAUUUUCAUUGCUGGAGAUGCUGGACACUGUCACUCGGCUCUUGCCGCACAAGGGGCCAAUACCAGUAUGCAUGACAGUUUCAAUCUCGCGUGGAAGCUCAAUCUUGUCAUUCGUGGACUCUCCAGGCCAUUAUUAUUAUCCACAUACGAGGAGGAACGUCGGAAGAUUGCCAAUGAUCUCAUCAAUUUUGAUGUUGAGCAUUGCAAAGCAUUCUCACAAGGCGAAGCAGCACUUGCAAAAAACUUCAAUGAAAAUAUCCGAUUUAUCUCAGGUGUGGGGGCUGAAUACCAGGGCGGCAUCCUGAGCCAUGGGAAGAAUAUCACAUCGGCUAAACUCCAAGCUGGAAAACUCCAGAUACCAGCAAAGGUGACGCGAUACAUCGAUGCCAAUCCUGUGGAUAUUCAACUAGACAUUCCACUGCUGAGCCAGUUUCGCAUCUACCUUUUCGUUCCGGAUGUUCCCAGCUCCUUGGAAUUCUUGCACGUCCUGGGCAAUGAGUUGCUUAAUUCGUCCUGGGAAAUAUUUCAGAGAGAGCAAAUCAGUCGUACGGGAAACGGACUGGGGAUACGCCCCAUCAGACGACCCCAGAGGUAUACAGCCGUGUCAACUGCAUUUACAUAUUCGAUGGUCACCCAGUCUGCUAAAUCUGAGUUUGAAAUUGCGGAUUUGCCCCAAAUACUACAAGAUAGCAGAUGGUCGCUCUACCUUGACGAUGCAGACCCCAUCGGUUGUACUAAAAAAUGGUUUGGGGAUUUGAGCCGGCAGACAGUUGGGGUUACAAUUACGGAUACAUCGGGGGGGGUUGAGACAUGGAACUUAGCUGCUGGCGUAGAGGCUGGCAAAUGGCUGGAGGAAUAUUUCACAUUCAUGUCGUAG